UAAAAACCCAUCCCUCCCCAUCCUUCUUGUAAUAAUCUAAAUCUAACUCUCCCUCUCUCAUCUCUCUCAUCUCUCUCUCUCUCUCUCUCUCUCAAACUGUCUAAAAAUCCAAAAGCAAUUCUUUUUCAAUCAAUCAGUUCCCCCAUUUCAGGAAAUAGAAUGGAUGUUAAAGGAAGAGCUCGCGGCACCACCGUUCAGAGCGAGGACGAGAUGGACCUUAGGAGAGGUCCCUGGACUGUUGAUGAGGACUUCACCCUCAUCAAUUACAUUGCUAAUCAUGGCGAGGGUCGCUGGAAUUCCCUUGCUCGUUGUGCCGGUUUGAAACGAACUGGAAAGAGCUGCAGAUUAAGGUGGCUCAACUAUCUUCGACCCGAUGUUCGACGUGGAAACAUCACCCUAGAAGAACAGCUUAUGAUUCUUGACCUUCAUUCCCGUUGGGGAAACCGAUGGUCUAAAAUUGCACAACACUUGCCCGGACGAACAGACAACGAGAUCAAAAACUACUGGAGAACUCGUGUCCAAAAGCACGCCAAGCAGCUCAAAUGUGACGUGAACAGCAAGCAAUUCAAGGACACCAUGCGUUAUCUUUGGAUGCCAAGGUUGGUUGAGCGCAUUCAAGCCGCUGCAACUGCUCCCACCACCUCCACCGCGCAGGCGGUUGCCAUCAACGGAACUUCUUCCAUCGGCUCAGCCACCUCCAGCAUCACUUCUACCAAUACCAAUCACCACCUAAUAAACAAUAAUAACCAUGACAUCCACGCGGGCCAGAUGGUUUUGCCACCAGCAGGGUUUAAUAAUCUUGGCCAACGUGACUUUGGGGGUACUGCACAGAUUACUCCGAGUUACACGCCGGAGAAUUCUAGCACGGGGGCCUCAUCGUCGGACUCUUACGGGGCCCCUCAGAUCAUAUCACCGGUAUCCGACUUGACCGAUUAUUACAACAUCCCGGUUAGUAACAACCCUAGUCAGGACUAUUUCCCGGUCGGGUACCCAGACGGCCAGAGCUUAACUAGCCCAUCUGGAAAUUACUUCAACACCGGAUUAAUGGAUUUGCAAGCUAUGGAGCAGAGCAACCAGUGGAUGGACGGUGCUCCGGACACGUCGGACAAUUUAUGGAAUGUUGAGGACAUGUGGUUUUUACAGCAGCAGCUCAACAACAUGAACAGCCUAAUUUGAAACGUCGCGAAAGUGAAUGAAUGUAAUUUACGUACGCC